ACAUUUGUCGCGCGUGCCCUGAAUUCGCAACAAAUAUGGGGCGACGUCGAGAUGACGAUCAUUCGCGUAACAGAAAACGUCGGUCGCGAUCUCGUUCCCGCUCUCGUUCUCCUGUUCUUCCUAGGAGGGCAUUUUCAUCUACUUUAGAAGGAUCUCUACCUUUAGCUGCUUCGUUGCCAACAUCUUCAUUAAUGGGUUCGUUACUAGCUGCUCAGGCAAAAGCAGCUGAGGAAGCGGCUGCCAAAGCCAAGGCAGAAACGUCUAAACCUGCAGUUGGUACUAUGACUGCUAUUGCGAAUGCAGCAGCUGAUAUGAUCAAAGCUGCUCGUAAUUCUGGUCAAGGUAUCGCAGGUAUGGAGGGUGCUCUUGUCAUUACUCCGAAUAUGGACAAAGAUAUUGAACAGCGUCGCCUUGAUCUUGAAAUGCAAAAGAGACGAGAACGAGUAGAAAGGUGGCGACGAGAGAGAAGGCUCAAACAAGAUAUUCUUGCAGCACAACAGAGACUUGCAGAGAGCACUAGAGGAACUACUAUUAAUAAGUGGAAUCUAGAGGAUGAUGAUGACGAAGAAGAUGCAAAUAAAAAGAAUGUUCAGACGGAAAAAUCCACAGAAGAUGAUGACGUAGAUCCAUUGGAUGCUUAUAUGCAGGUGUGUCCUCGUAAUUAACCUAUGUUCUGUUUUUUUUAAAUGUUUGUUGUCGUUUGCUUUUGAGUGAUUUAUCACGUGACUACAAACAAUUGAGGCUUUUUAUAGAUAGGAAUUCUAUGUAUCUUGAAUUUUUCGGAUACAUGAAUUUCUCAGUGUGUAUUAAAAUCUAAUAUACAAGAUUCUAAGUCAUGUAACUGUUACUUGACAAUUGAAAACUAAACGUUCGUAACAUUUUCGUAUAAUAGUUUUCUUCAUUUUCAUACAAGAUAUCUAGUGAUCGUUUCUUUUACAGUUUGAACAGUUACAGUUUGUUGCCAUAACACUGAUUGUUCUAUAUUCAUUAAUCCAAUAAGGAAUCAGUUCGACAUCUUAUUGUUCAUAUAUUUGUGUGGCGCAUAUAUAUUGGCGCUCUCUUGUACCAAUAUUUAUGUGUUCAAAUAAAUAAUAAAUCAUAUAUUUUAGGUAUAUAAACAUGGCUCACUGUUCACAAUCUACAGCUUCUGUCUUGUUUUCUUUGACCGUCUGGGUUCAAAAUUUGUGCUUGUAGCAGUUAUGGUGAAUUAUAUAUUAAAUACACGAAACAUUUGUUAAUUAUAAUAUUUUACUUUAUCCUAAUAACGUAAUAUCUGUAAACGUACAUUUGUGUACAUAAUUCUUCCUUGCGAAUUUAAUAGAGAUAGUACUUGUUGAAAAUGGAUAUCAUUUAGAUAAUGUUAGAUCAUGUUUUUCAGAUAAUACUGUCUUACAUUUUAUACAUAUAUAGUCAUUAGUAUAGAAUGUUUGCUGUAAAAUAAAGUAGUAACACUAUCACAUAUAAAUCUCUGGUUUCUAAUAUUCCGGCGUACUUAUGGACCUCCACCCAAGGUGUCAUUUUUCAGUCCACUCAGACGAGGAAGGACAAGCAAAGAUGUGAGCUCCAUCGGAAGUUAUGCAUUUCAGGAGUUCAUACUUCCAUCAUGGAUCGUUGAUAGAGAACUAUCGAACCAUAAGUCAUAAUUGUUCGUUCCCUGAAGUUAGUUACUUAGUAUUUAUACUUAUUAAUAUUGUUUUAUGUUCGUGUGCUAAGCUACCAUUUUGCAACUCCAGCAGUGGAGGCUGCUGUUAUCUUCUCCCCUGCCCGCUAACUAGAAUAAGUUCAGUAAUUUUAUAGAGGCUCUGUCGAUAAAUACCAGUAGGGUCCAAAAUAUAUUUUAGAUAAUCGGUCGUGUAUCAACUAUGAUGACCAUAGUUUAGGAACUAAGUAAUUUUCAGUAAACACAAAUCAUAGUGAAAAAUUCAUUGAAAGGUCUAUGGACAGAAUAAAUUAAUGUAAUGAAAAUUCAUCUCAAAUCAAUAUUGAUUUUCUUUCGCCCAAGUUGUAUAUGGGAAUUCACCACCUCCAACAGAGCCACUAUGUUUAGUGAUGUAAUGCUGCUUGAUGUAUCUCCCAUAUUGUGCUAAUCUGUCUUUUAUGAAGGACUAAAGUGUAAUCCUUAUAGUUACAGGCCGCAUAGUAGAACUUCUGGGAAGUAAGUUUUAUUACAUUUCCUUACAGGGUAACAACGGAUGCCUCAAUCUACCAAUCCCUGUGGUUCAAUGACCCGGUUCAUUUUGGACGAGACAACUUUAUAUUAAUUUCAAUGGUUUGUGGAGUAUUGCCGUUUAUAAAAUUGUCCUACCUUCAAAGUUCGUCCAAGAAUCAUUUUGUAUGUAUGAUAUAACCAGCUCAUUAUAUGUUUGGACUUUCACUGAGUAUAAUCAAUAUCAAAGGACAAGUGUUAUCCGGAGUCGAUUCCUAUAUCAAUUCUCAUGAAACUCAACUUAUAAGGUAGUUUCUGGUGUCUUUGAUAAAUAAUUAUUUUCAGUUUCUGCACCCACUCCUGUAGGUUUUCUAUGAAGGCAGAUAGUGUUUUCCACUUAUUAGGAUUAAUCCACUGUUUUUUCUGCAUUUCAGGAGUUGAAUAACCAAGUUUCCGCUGGUCCUGAAACUACUAAAAAAGAUACUAAAAUUACUAAACAAUCUGAAAUUUCACUAAAAACUUCUAAAGAUACCGAUCACGCUUCUUCAGAUCCUUCAGUCAAACCUAAACAACAGUUAGUAAUUAAACGGAAAAGAAUUAUUGGGCGAGGUGAACUGAUGGAAAGUAACAUAGAUGAAUUAGAAUAUUCAUCUGAAGAAGAAGACACAACAAUUGAGGAUGCAUUGGCUCAGCUACAGAAAAAAGACAAACUUCAGCCUAUUGAUCAUUCCAAAAUUGAGUAUUUCCCCUUUCGCAAAAGUUUUUAUGUAGAAGUUCCAGAACUAGCAAAAAUGUCAAAGGAGGAUGUUAAAGCAUAUAGAGCUAGUUUAGAAAAUAUCCGCGUCCGUGGUAGAGAGUGCCCUAAACCCCUACGCAAUUGGGUCCAAGCAGGCAUUAGCUCUCGCCUUUUGGCUUGCCUAAAAAGGAAUAAUUUCGAUAAACCCACUCCAAUUCAGUGCCAGGCGUUACCCGUUAUAAUGUCUGGUCGCGAUAUGAUUGGUAUUGCCAAAACAGGAAGUGGAAAAACCCUAGCUUUUCUAGUACCGCUUAUGCGUCACCUGGAACAUCAAGCUCCUCUAAAUCCUGGAGAUGGCCCAAUCGCCCUUCUAUUGGCACCUACUCGGGAACUAGCAUUACAAAUAUUUAAAGAAACAAAAAAGCUAUGUCAAGCCGCCGAUGCUCGCGCAGUUUGUGUCUAUGGUGGGACUGGUAUUAGUGAACAAAUUGCUGAACUUAAACGCGGAGCUGAAAUUAUUGUGUGUACACCUGGUCGGAUGAUCGAUAUGCUUGCUGCAAAUGGAGGGAGAGUAACCAAUUUACUUCGAUGCUCUUAUGUGGUUCUUGAUGAAGCAGAUCGUAUGUUCGAUCUAGGAUUUGAGCCUCAAGUGAUGCGGAUCAUCGAGAAUUGUCGUCCUGAUCGCCAAACUUUAAUGUUUUCAGCUACAUUUCCUAGACAAAUGGAAAUCCUUGCCCGUAAAGUGCUAACGCUUCCCAUAGAAAUCCAAAUCGGUGGACGAUCGGUGGUUUGUUCAGAUGUGGAGCAGCAUGCGUUCAUCUUGUCAGAAGAAGAGAAAGUUUACAAAGUUCUUGAACUUCUAGGAAUUUACCAAGAAGAGGGUAGUGUCCUUGUAUUCGUAGAAAAACAAGAGAGUGCAGAUGAGUUAAUGCGUGUUCUUUUGAAGUAUGGUUAUCCAUGUCUUUCUCUUCAUGGUGGCAUUGAUCAAUAUGAUCGCGAUUCUGUUAUAAUGGAUUUUAAGCGUGGCAAUAUUCGUCUUUUAAUAGCCACAUCAGUCGCUGCUCGUGGUCUUGAUGUUACAGAUUUGCUUUUAGUUAUCAAUUAUGACUGUCCAAAUCACUAUGAGGAUUAUGUUCAUCGUUGUGGGCGUACUGGACGUGCUGGCCGCAAAGGGUUUGCCUAUACUUUUCUCACUCCCGAUCAGGAGCGCAGUGCUGGUGAUGUUGUUCGAGCAUUCAAGCAGAGUGGCCAAAAACCACCACUGGAACUAAUGAAUAUGUGGAAUGCUUACAAGAUACGAAUGGAACAUGAAGGAAAAAAGGUAUACGGUUCUUCAGGUUUCCGUGGUAAAGGAUUCAUGUUUGAUGAAGUGGAAGCUCAGCUGAAUAGUGAAAAACGGCGCCUGCAGAAAGCUGCUCUUGGUUUACAAGAUUCAGAUGACGAAGAUGGUGAUGGAAAUGUCGAUUGGGACUCAAAGAUUGAAGAUAUGUUGGCCACGAAAACAAAAAUUAAAGAUGUAUCAAAGAAUAAUGCAUCAGAAAGUGUAUCUGAAACUGUUGAAGUUAGUGCCCAAGCUGGACAAGCAGUUGUGAACGCAGCCUUAGCACUUGCUCGACAGAAGGCUGCACAGUUAGGACUCGUUAAAAACUUGACUUCUGGUACUCCGAAUGUUCCACAACCAAGCGCUGUUUUGAAUACCACCACAGUCAGCGACCCUAAUGCUGCUGUUGCGGCUGCGGUUGCUGCUGUCACGAUACCUGUGCCUCCAGCUCCCACAAGCCGUACGUUGGCUGAACAAGCUGCCGAACGUUUAAAUGCUAAACUUGGUUACACUAAACAAACACCAGGCGCUGGUGAUGAAGAGGGUGCUGGUGCCAACACGAAUUCGGGAAGUGACAUGGUUAGAAGAUACGAGGAAGAACUAGUUAUCAAUGACUUCCCACAAAACGUCAGGUGGCGUAUCACUGGUCGCGAAAUGCUCAAUCACCUCAGUGACUAUUGUGAUGUUGGCGUGUCUGUACGAGGAGUGUAUAUGCCACCUGCCAAAGCUAAGCAACAUAUACCCGAAGGUACAGAUGACAGACCACUGUAUUUAUGUAUUGAGGCUGUCAAUGAAAGACAAGUCGCUUUGGCUAAAAAAGAAAUUAUGCGUAUUAUCAAAGAAGAAUUAGUCAAAUUGCAAUCUGGCAAUUCAAUAAAUCGCGGACGCUACAAGGUUGUUUAAUUUAUCAUCUUAGUAUUUCCAUUUGAAUUGUUGUACAUAUUCUGACAGUAAUGAUAUCUACAUUAGCAAUUGCGAUUUAUUCUUAUAAAUAAAUGCUGUCUUGUCAUA